UUGUGUCCUAACCAAUCCUGUGCUGGAGUAACACAAAUGGCGGAGGUGUCACCACUUUGGCUGCGGCAUACUCUCUACGUGGGGGAUCUUCACCCGGAAACCGCCGUAGCGGACCUCGAGGCUGCAUUUUCUGUGAUUGGCCCAUUGGAUUCCUUCGGGAUUCGCAGAGACGCCGUGUGUGAGAAAUCUCUUUGUUAUGCUUUCGUCAACUUCUCCUGUAUCUCUCAUGCUUCAAAGGCUCUGGCAUGCCUAAACCAUAGAACCCUGAGAGGAAAGCCGAUGAGGAUUAUGUGGUGGCAAAGGGAACCAGAGCUAAGAAAAUCUGGGAUUGGGAAUGUUUUUGUCAAGAACCUUGCUCCUUCGGUCACCAGUGCUCAAUUAGAGAGCGUGUUUAGCAAAUAUGGCAUAAUACUGUCCUGCAAAGUCGUGGAGGAGAAAAAUGGAAAGAGCAAAUGUUUUGGAUUUGUUCACUUUGAAACACAGAACUCAGCCAUUUCUGCUAUCAGUUCCCUCCAUGGAGCAGUGUUUGAAGGGAAGAAGUUACAUGUGUCCCCAUUUAAGAAGAAAGAAGAGAGGAUGAUGGAUGCAUUUAAUAAAGAGCAAAAGUUCACUAAUCUAUAUGUGAAAAACUUCGGUUACAAUAUGACAGAGGACUUCCUAAGAGAGAAGUUCUCCCGAUAUGGGAAGAUCAAUUCUGCUGUCAUUAUGAGGGAUGAAGAAGGAAAUUCGAGAGGCUUUGGCUUUGUCAAUUUUGAUUCGGAUGAAGAUGCUAGGAAGGCAAUUGAGGCUCUUAAUGGUGAAUUAAUAGGAUCAAAGAAGCUGUUUGUUGGAAGGGCACAGAAGAAGGCUGAAAGGGAAAGACUUUUGAGAAUCAAUCGGGACCUGCACACGUUUUCAAUGAGGGAUGUGUUGUGUGUAUAAUAUAUAGGCCCUGUUUGGUAAAUAGUGAGUGAUGAUUUGUAAAUCUAGAAUUUAUUGCUUUCUAUAUUUGCAGGUUUGUGAAUUCUGUAUUAGUUUACCAGCUGCUUGUUCUUCAAAUGAAUACAAACUAUUUGCUUGAGAUGGAGAAGUUACAGUUCCAAUUUU